GAAUUCAGAGAAGAUUGGUCUGCGGUGAAAGGUCCAGUGAGGCAUAUUUCUAUUUCCUGACUGGCUGAGGGCUCUAGAAUUUCUGCCCUACCAUUGCAUGAGGAGAGGCUGCAGGUCCUGUGAGGAUGAAGAGAAGCCUGUAGGAUGAUUGAACUCUCUGGAUUCAGUCAACAUAGGCCAGGCAAAGCACUUCAGCUUCUCUUGGAGGGAUUUUUGGGUCAGAGUUUAUCACUGGGAGCAUUUGGAAGGAAAGCUCAAAACUCCUCGGACCUGCCCAGUAUGGUAUGUCAGCUGUCAAUGACACCAAAUUCACACCCGCAGUGUUCCUUCUCACUGGGAUACCUGGGCAGGAACAUGUCCAUCUCUGGAUCGCUAUCCCCUUCUGCUUAAUGUAUGUUAUUUCGAUAGUAGGAAAUUCGGUCAUUCUGUUCAUUAUAAAAACAGAUCCAAGCCUCCAUGAGCCCAUGUACGUUUUCCUUUCCAUGUUGGCCAUCACAGACCUUGGCUUGUCAAUAUCCACCAUGCCAACAACACUGGGUAUAUUCUUGUUUAACUCUAGAGAGAUCAGCCUCAAUGCCUGUUUUGCCCAGCUGUUCUUCAUCCACAUGCUUGAAUGCAUUGAAUCCUCCGUGCUCUUGUUGAUGGCCUUUGACCGCGUCAUUGCGAUCCGUAACCCGCUGAGAUAUGCUUCCAUCUUAACUCUGCCAAGAAUAGACAAGAUGGGACUGGUGUGUGUGCUAAGAGGGUUGGCUACAAUGCUCCCACUCCCUUUUCAACUUCAACAGUUCCAAUAUUGUCGAGCCAAUGUCCUCUCCCAUUGCUACUGCAUAAACCAGGAUGUCAUGAAGAUGGCUUGUUCGGAUGUCAGAGUAAACAGCAUCUAUGGCUUGUCUGUUACACUCUUGACGGAGGGGCUGGACUCACUGCUCAUCUUUCUGUCUUAUGUGAUGAUCCUCAAAACAGUGCUGAGCAUCGCAUCCCAAGUGGAGUGUCUUAGGGCUCUGAACACCUGCGUCUCCCACCUCUGCGCCGUCUUGCUCUUCUAUACACCAAUGAUCAGCCUGUCUGUGAUACACAGAUGGGGGCAGGGCACUUCUCCCUUGCUUAAGGUUCUCCUGGGCUACAUCUCCCUGCUUGUCCCACCCCUGAUGAACCCAAUUGUUUACAGCAUAAAAAGCAAACACCUUCGUGCGAGGAUAUUCAGGGUGUUCAUCAAGUGAAGAGUUAGUUCAUCAUCCAGCUCCAGCACUAGUGACACGGGAUACGAAAAAUAUGGGCCACCGAUUCUGUCCUGGACCCUUAAAUCCAAGAUGACAUGAGCUACUGAUCUGUGCUAUGUAGAGACAGGUUCAGACAGGGUCUAAGGCCUGGAACAAUUGGACAGCAGCUGGUGGGGGAGGAAAACACACUGGGAGAAGGAAGACAAGGCAGGCAGCAGCAUUUUAAAAGUGACUUUCUUCAUGGAGAGCCAGGGGAUGGGUGGGAUGUUGCCCAUAAAGAGCUACAUCAAUGGCUGCUCCAACCUCAAAAUUCCUCUCGAUACAGUCAAUAAAGAGAAGGGAUGUGGAUGUUGUUUCCCAUUACACCUGGCCUGUCACUGUCCCGUCUGUGGUUAAACAUUCACAGGCCAUGAGAAAGCUGCAGAGCUGUUCUGCAGUCGCAGUCCUGGCCCUUCCCGAGUGCUCUGGGUGCUGCAUGAUCCAUGAGGACUGAUCCAGCUGUGGCCAGGGGCUACUGAAGGGGCACGGACACCACCUUUCCCCUACACCCUCAGCCAGGUCUUUGUGACUGAGUCAUGUCAGACACAUGAUUAACGCAGGAGCCCCGGGAGAAGCCAUUCAGGCAAACCCCUACCCCGAUUCAUGGCUCUGCACAGAGCACACCUCUGAGCCCACUCCCCACCAAGACCGAGCAGAGUGGUGUGUGUGAAUGAGGGUCUGACACAGAGGAGUCCUGGCAAGAGACUCAGGCCCAGGUUCCCUCCUCUGCCCCACCAUUUGUGUUGCCCCAGCAAUGAAAAAGGUGGAAAUAGUCCGCAGCUCCCCAGCAGAGGCACAGCUAGCGCCUGUUCCAGUGACGUCCACUCCCUCGAGGCCCCACACGCUGCUCCUCCUCUUCCCUGAGGCCUUGUCCCCUGGUCAGACUGGAAGCCAGAGCCUGACCAUUUUAAGAGCUGUCCAUCUAAGGAGCUAGAGUCAAUAGGAGGGGAGGAGCCCCAAAGCCUCCACCUGCCCUGCGCGGGGGACUGGUCGUCCUGAGAGCAGCCCCCAACCAAUCUCCCCAUCCCCCAGGAUGCAUCACACAGGGAAGGUGGAGAGUCCGGGGCUCCCCACGGCAAUCUGGGCUCCCUGGGUAGCUCUUACCACAGCCCGGCUCUGGCCUGGACUGGGGACGGAGCCUCAGGGAAAACGGAGGAGCAGAUGCUGGGGCUUAAGCGGCAGAUGUAGGGCAGAGGGUGUAGCAAGCCUGAACCAGCACUUACCACAGCAAGCAGGGUGGUGGGGGGC